GACAUGUGUGAUGUUUGGGUUAAAACUUGUUUCCAUUUCUGCUGCAAUACUGCACCACACUAAUGCGAUUCUGAAGUACUUAAUCAUCACAUUACGUAUAAAAUGCUGUUGGAACAACUUUGCUGGUCAAACAUUCAGUGCCACCAGCCGAAAGCGGAAUCGUCUGAGAACUAACUCAACAUGAAAGGAAUUCCGGUUACGUUACUUUUCAUUGCUGCUGCACUUGACGCAGUUAUAUCGUUCUCUGUGCAAAAACAUGCAAAUUUUGCAAAUGCGAUUGACAUUCAUCAAUUCCAUUGGCUCACCGACGCUACUUUGAUGGAAAGAAUUCCGGAUAAAGAAACUUUGUUUUUUGAAUUCGCCGAGGUCGAUGUGCUCCCUCAAAAUUUCACUGACCGUUUCGAAAAAUGCAUUCGUGUUAGUUUUACAUUUGGGUCGGUGAAAAUAAUUCACAUUAUUCCUAAAUUGAGGGACAUAGAGCUAUUUGACACAUCUACUGAAAAUGUGAUCAUUGGGCGAGGAAAGCACUAUCGGCUGGAAAAUUUUAAGUGUAAUUACGCAAAACUGACAAGUAUUCCAGAUAACAUAAGUCAACUGAAAAAAAUGAAAAAUUUAGAUCUUAGUAGUAACUUAAUACAAACAGUUCAACUUGACCACCUCAAUGGUUUGGACCAUUUGGAAACUCUUUAUCUAUUUAACAAUAAAAUAAAACGCAUUUUCAAUCACAGAUCGGUGAGUUUGGCAUCGCUCACUGAUUUACAUCUCGAAGGCAAUCAAUUGAAACAUUUGGAUGUAUGUAGUUGGAACAUGCCCAAGCUUUCCAACCUCGGUAUUGCUCAAAAUAAUUUGACCCAUUUUGCAAUUAAUCACUUUCGCGCACUGAAAGAAUUACUGAUGGAUGAAAAUCCCUUGAAUUGUGCAUGGGGAAAUAAAUUACUACAAGUCAAAUCAGAUAUAAAUAUUAAAAGAAAACUAACUUGCGUCGAAAACAGCGAGGGCGUCUUUGAAUUGGAUUGUCCAUCGAGGAUUGAUCAAUUGCGGCAGCAGAUAUCCACUCAAAUUGAAGACAGUUCUCGGGAAAUCGACCAUUUGAAGCAGCAGAAUCCCAAUUUCGACUUCAGGUUAGCCCAAAUUGAAGGUACAAUAUUGAACAACAGUGAACAAUUCGCCAUAAUCGCCCAAAAAUCCAAAAGAUGGAAGCGCUGCUGGAAAAUCUUGUCGGAAAGGUCAUCGAACAGCAAAAUGUCUCAAAUGACAUAAUCGAGGCCUUUUACAGAUCGGAAAUCGAGAGAACUUCUCAAACCAGGAAAAACCACUAGUUUUUGCGAAAAAUAAGUACUCAUAUUAGGAUUUCGCAUGGCAGUUUUUUUUUUCGAAUAAUGAUCACAUGUUCUAACAAAUUUCAACCUUUUUUGUUUAUUAAACAUUAUAUAGAUGAAUCAAUUUUCUACACACUUUUUAGUUUGACUUAGUGGAAAA